GCCACCAUAUAAACCCUCGGGGACACACGCGCACCUCCCAACACUCACCCAACACUGGUCUUGGUGUACAUACGACUUUGCUUCGCUCGAUCAUGUCGCAGGUCUCAACGCUUUCGUGGUCCUCGUUUGCGGCGCUCUUCAACACGCAAGGUCUCUAUCAGGUUGGAUAUGCGUGGUUGUUUGGCAUGACCCUCUGGGUCACCUUCGUAGGAGGCGUGAUCGCCUUCAAGACGCUGCCCCGCCAGCAGUUCGGGACGCUGCAGCACCGCACGUUCCCCGUAUACUUCGUCAUCAGCAUCGCGCUCUCCUCUGGGCUGCUUGGUCUCUGGACAUACAGCCACCCCACUGUACUCACGGAGUACCUCAAGCCAACCAAUGCCGAUGUUGCACAGGCGUACGCGCUCGCGGCGGUCGUGUUCGCCCAGGCGUCGAACCAUUUCGUGAUCGGGCCUUUGACGAGCAAGACGAUGUUCCAGCGCCACCGGCUCGAGAAGCAGGAGGGCAAGGGCUACAACGAACCUGGGGUCUCCGCCGACAUGAAGGCCCUGAACAAGACCUUCGCCAAGCUGCACGGUGUCAGCUCCCUCGCGAACAUGACCGCGUUCCUCAGCUUGCUGUUCCACGGUCUCUGGAUCGGAAACAACGGCGCGGGCAUCAAGAGCAUCCUUUGAUUUACUUACGCUGUCAUGCCUGUAUACGUACCAUGCUUUCCACUGUCUCGUCGAAUUGGAUACAGGAUUGUAUCGCAUCGUC